AACGUCAUAAUAUUUUAAGCACAAAAUUUGUAAACAGGAAGUUAAGUUUAAUUCAAUGUUUUUAAUGAUUUCGGACUUUGUGGUCAACUUGAAUUGCUAAAAUGGGGCCUGUCAAAGACUCAGACCUAUUAAAAAGUGUGAGAGACAACAACAGAACGAAAUUAUUGAAAUACUUAUCCCCAGAGAAAGGUUUAGGUUCAUUAUCGAAGGUUGGAGUGAAGGAUGACCAGUCAUUCCCAGGCGGGAGAUUACGCUUGAAACUGAACCAUGUAAACAUAAACUGUCGAGAGGAGAAAACAGGCUACACACCACUGAUUCUGGCUGUUCUCAAUGGAAGCAAGGAGUUUGUUGACGAUAUUCUCUUCCACUCUGCUGAUGUCGAUGUCCAGGAUAUUAAAGGAAAUACUGCUCUUCACAUGGCAGUUUUUGGAGGGAAGAUGGAGAUUAUUGAUUUACUUCUCCAAAACAGAGCUGAGGUCAAUGUUCAGAACAGUGAUGGAAACACACCGUUGCAUAUUGCGAGUCAAAUAGAAGGGGACAGGGUGCAUAUGCUCCUGAAGUUGCUUACGAAAGGAGCCGACCAUACUAUCAUGAACAGGGACCAUAAAGAAGCCCUUGAUCUAGCCAUCAUGUUUAAAAGAACAGAUGCUGUAUCGAUACUUCUGGACCACGAUCAUGGCCUCGAGGAUUCCAAACGCACAACAACAGAGCCAAACACCCAGGCAAUGUUGGAAGCUUCCAUACGGGGAUAUAAAGAGGGGAUGGAGCUUCUGUUGGAUUAUGGUUAUGACCCAAAUACCCUGGACAAGGAAAUGGACUCAACUGCUUUACAGGAGGCUGUGCGAUAUAAUAGGUUACAAGUCAUUGAAACGUUGUUAAAGUAUGGUGCAAAAACGGAUGUGAAAAACAGCAAAAAUGAGACUGCAGAAACAGUAUUAGCUGGGCUUCCAGAUUCUAGGGCGAACCCAAUUAAAGCUUUAUUCGAAGAAUACAAGAAGUCUGGUGCUACUCAGGUUCCACGUUUUCUGAAGACACUGUCCAGAGGAAUGUCGCUCCAGGGAGUAAAAGACUAUCCCAUCUUGCCAAAUGACCCCAGCUGGACACAAAACAGCCCCGAUUACUGCAACAGCUGUACACCGAAUGGACCCAACACCAAUAUCCUUGAUGAUGACCCCUGUAGCUGUUGGCUGGCCGCAGAUUUUCAUCAGGCCUGGUGUGUCCUUGACCUACGUUAUGAUCAUACACUCACAGGAAUCACUGUUUAUGGAUGGGACAGCCCUCAGAUGGUUCGCACAUUCGAACUUCAAAAAGGGUCGACCCUUAAUGGUCCAUGGUCUACAGUUGUUCCUUGUACGUGUAUAAAAUCAGGACCGACCACUCUGUCAAGCCCAGGUGAUCCACAGACGUUCACAGAUUUUACCGCCCGGUCACGGUAUUGGCGUAUUCUGCUGCUUGACAAUUUUGGUGGGAAAUGCAUCUGCUUCCAGGGUAUUAAACUGUAUGGAGCAGACAACAGGAUAAGGAAACUCCUAGAAGAGAAUAGUAUGGAAAACUAUGCUGAUGACAUCAUCGCUUUGGGUUACAACACGUACAAGAAGUUUCUACUGAUCUCAGAUGAAGCUAUUCAGGAGGUUGUUAGUGACUUUAGUGACAAGGAGAUUAUACUCAAAUCGUUGGAGCGAGACAGACCCAAAGAGUUCCAUCCAUCUUCCUUAUCAUGGGACAUAACUCCGCUUACAUCAGUCAGACAAGGGGUGGUAAUUCCAGACUUUGGAAUCAAGUCCUUGCCCGGAGUGAAAACGCAAAUAAAACUGAUUGCAGACCGAGGUGUUUCUAUAAAAGGAAAGUCAGUGGUUACUUUAUUGUCAAACUCCGAGACCGAGCCAUCCAAAGCCACUUUUUCUGGGAUCGUCAUUGACACACCUGGGAGCCAUAUAUUGAAAGUUCAAUGUGUAGACUACCCUAGGGUGUCCUUGUCCACCCCUCAACCUAUUGAAAUAAAACCAAAGGCAGGUUUGAGGGACAGUGUAGCAUUGGCAUUUGAUGAUAUGGAAGCUAUGCUGAAUGAUUUAUCCGCAUCUCUGGAUCCUGUCCAGGAAUGACCCUUGAUGCACUAGCACACGUGGCUGGAUAUCUUUGGGCUGUUGAUCUGUUCAUUUUCACAAGGCUUUAAAGCUGCACUCUCACAUAUUGAUUAUUUUGAAAGUUUUUUUCAUUCUUUCUUCUCAGAAUUAACCAUUUUUUGUGUAAAUGUGUUGAAACCAGUGAUGUUGGACUGCUGACAAAAUAUCAGAUCUCAGUGUUCAUAUAAAUGUUCCAAAUUGAUGCUUAAUGGCUAAAAGGGUUAUGAAAAAUAAACUUUUCGGCACUGUUUCAAACAAUUGUUCUAUUGUGAGUUAUAAUGCAAGACUGAAGAAAUCGAUGCCAAAGUCACCCAAUUCUGAGGCAAAAAAAAUAAAUUAAACUGUCAAUCUGUGAGAGUGCAGCUUUAAUAUUCAUAAUAAUUCCAGAAUCGAUUGGAUCACAAAUUGAGAACAUAGUGCAAUGCUAAUUUACCAAAGAUUGCAAAUGGUUCAACAAAGAUGACGCAGAAUUGGCCAUUUGAACUCUUUGGAAUAAAAAUAACAUUGGUUUUUUUAUUUUUUUUAAAUUCAGUGUUAGGUGAUGUUGACCUGAUAUUCAUAAAAAGUUAAUGUGCAAUAACAUUAUCUGUAAAUUUACUGGGGGUUUAAACCAGUUUAUGUGCACAAACCUCACUCUUAUCCCAACAAUCCUGAAUAAAGAAAAAACGCAUAAGGUAAAUCUUAUCAAAGUAUGCAAGACUCAGAUUUGAAAAGACAUUUUUACAAGGAACAAUAAAUAAUCUUUAUACCAUUUCUUUUACCACAACCAUGUCAAUAAUAGCAAAACUUCCAAAUAGAAAUAUAAUUGAGCAAAGUAAAGCAUUAAUGCUUUUCUUGAAGUAAAGGUGCAAUAGAAUGAAGACGUUAUUUCGGGUAUUGAGUCUGAAUUCAGAAACUGUUUACACCAGGUGUAUAUAUAGAUAUAUUCAGUGUGUCGACUCGUCUACUUUUGUAUUUUGUUUAUUUGAGUUUAUCAAUGUCUGCCUGCGCCCAUUGGCAUCAUUAUGGCAUGACCCCGCCGUGACGCCAUCACAACUUAAACGUCUGCUUGUUGACCCAGUGUUCACUCAUAUAUCAGUUUCAGUGAAAUGGGAAGAUCCCUAAUUAUAUAUUCACAGUUUUCCCCACUUUAUUUGCCAAUGAAAUUGCUGCAUUGCAUUUGAAAUUUAAUAAUUAUUCCUCAUGAAAUGCCCAGACGCCAUGAUAUGGAUGAAAUUAGGCGGUUUAUUUUUCUUGUAUGGGGUCCACAUGAUCAAACUCAUGAUAAUUAAUGGGCCUAAUGUGUAUUUGAAGAAAUAGAUCAAGCUGCAUAUUUGUUAUCACUUACAUGUAUACCUAUGAUUUAUAUUUAAGCCCAUCUCAACCUUUUCAGGCCAGUGUAUUUGUUAAUAUUUCUAAAUUAAGAAAUAAAUUACUGGUUGUGCUUUGCCUCUUAAAUGCUUCUUAUUACUUCAGCUUGAUAGCGAAAAAUGUCAACAUUUUUAUCAUAAUUGUUUUAUUUAAAAAAAUUAUUUCAUGUUUUAAUUUACCAUCUGGAUAUGGUUUGCAAAAUGUUCAGAAUUUGUUAUGGUUUUAUACUAAUUUAUUUUUGCUGAAUUGUAAAGACAGCUACAAUCUGAAAAAAAUCAAUCUCAAGUCUGUUUCCUGGACAGAAACCAGUACUGUGUAAUGUGUCUUUUUCGAGAGGCCAUAAGAAGGUACACCUAGUUGGGCUCGAACCCACAACCUUGUGGGUGGGUGAGAUGGGGACACCUAUACCACUCCCACCCUUGAGAUUUUGUAUGAUUUGAUAGCAUAACACCUGCAAUUAUACUCUUUAUACAUCAUUAUUUUUGUUUUAAAUCUAUGUGUGUUUCUCAUUUUUAUAAGAUACAUAUAUAUUUUUUUUUUAAAUCUAGAAAAAAGAAAAAUACAGGUAAAUUGUCAGAGACCAAAAGUUACUUUACAAUUUAUUGUCAUCAUGUUGAAGUGUUUUACCAGUUCCUACUGUUUACAGAAAUGUCUAUGUAUUUAAUAUUGGUGAUAAGGUUGUAUAAACUUCAUAUAUAUAUAGCUCUAAAUAUAUAGCUUUGUUGUAAAUGUUUGCUCAACAAAUUGUUUGUUUUUUAGUGCUUUUUGUAUUUGUUUAUGUGAUAGCUUUGAAAGAAUGUUAGCCAGUUAUUUACAUUUUUGAUGUGGAGUUGUUUUUGAAAUUGAUACUGCAUACAGGCCAUACUUCUGGAGACCAUUCCAGGGGAGUUUUUUUGCAGGUCUAAGUUUGCGAAAUAUCAAAAUAAUUUUAGGCGCAAGUUUCCUUUGAUCAAUAUCAGUGUGUGUAUACCACGUGAUAAAUUACGUCAUACAUGCUAUGUCGGAAGGCAGCAUUUAGCUUAAAAUGAACACUUAAAUCAAAGAUAACUUUUCAUUUACACCACCAUUUUAAAUGAACAAAAGAGCAGCCUAUGCCGCUUAAAGAGCCCCUCAUUUGUUUAUAUUUCCGAAAUUUGAUGAGGUCAUUAGUUUCAUCAAACACUUCGACAAACCUGUUUCCAAAAAAUGUUUUGACAGUGCUCCGUCAGACGGCCGUAUCGUGAAAAGGUUUAUCGAAGUGUUUUAAGAAACUAAACUCGCAAUCAAAUUCUGGUAAAAGACCGAAGGUGGGGCUCCGUAAGAGGCGUAGACUGCGCUAUGUUUCAUUUAAAAUGGUGAAGAAAUAGUGAAGUUAUCUUUGUUUAAAGUCUUUUUUCAAAUCAAAAUAUUGCCUUCCGACGUAGCAUUGAUGGGAUCAAUUUAUCACGUGGUAUACACACACUGAAUAUUACAAAUUAAUAAAUCACUUCUAGUCAAUUGAAAAGUUGAUAAUCAUGUUUCAUUAAAGCAUUUAUUUGUAAAAAAAAGAGCAAAAAAAAUCAUUGUAACUAAUGGUCAUUUUCACCCAGUUGGAGUUGUUUGUUUACAUUCAGUUUCACUCACAGACUGUGUUUUUACUUUGUCAUUAUUGCCUAUUGUGAAGUUUUCUGAUUUAAAAAAAAAAUAAUACAGGGGAGACCGGAUUAUGGAUCAAAAUUCUGGAGGAUUUUUCCCCCCACUUUGGGAUAUGGCAUGUAUGAUAAUGCUUAAGCGAUUUGUUAUGUGGAUUUUUGAAUGCAAUAUACACUACAUUCCUUUCAAAGAAAGUGCUUCCCUUUGUUAUAUUAUUUUUAAUGUUUCUUUUUGACUCAACUGUAGCCAUACUUAUGUCAAUGUUUGUUAUUUAAUCUAUCUGCAUUUUGUUUUACAAUGAUUGUGAAUAAAUUGAUAUUAACUUAUGCUAAGUCACUCUCAGCAUGACUUUGCACAAUAUGAUGGUCUGGUGUUGUGUGGGGGAAACUUACCCGGCUUGUUGUCCAGCUUGGUGGCCACCAAACCAAACUCACAUAUGCCGAGGUCAGGAAUUGCACCCGGGACAACUUAAUGAGUGUGUUAUAACCUAUACAUUUAACCAGACUAUAGCCAUAGUCAUAGAUUGCUUUUCUUUCAUUAACUUUGGUUUGUUUUCAUAUAUUUAUAUCAAAAGUCAAUUCAUUUAAGGAAUGAAUUGCGUGAUUGAUGUCAUUAUUGGGGUAUGAACGCAGUUGGGCUGGUUAAAGCGUGUGGAGUCCGAAGGACAUAAGGAAAAUUUUAACCAGCCUUACUGCGUUGAUAUCCCCGAUAAUGACAUCAAUCACACAAUUCAAUUCUUAUAUUUACACCAAUAUUCAUUAUUUUUGUCCAGAAUUGUUAAUAACAUAUGUUAUUUUAUUUAUGAAAACCUUACAGUAAACUCUCUAACCUGUGAUCAAAUAAAAUCAGUUCUGAAAGUAAAAUUGCUAAUGACAACAAUACGAGUACAUUUAACAAAUAAUAAAUUAACACUUCAAUUCAGUAUGUUGAUAAAAAAUGUCGCGGUCUGCUAAAGAAUCAAAACAAUAGUAUGCUACUUAUAUUAAUACGCAAUGAUUCACGAUUUGAAUAUAUCAGAAGAUUUAGCGUUCAUUUGAAAAUAUUCACAAUUGCCAAAAGACUGUUCUUUGAAGGAACGGAAGAUGCAGUGUUAAUAUCUACCACAAAGGUUACACAGUAUUAAUCAACAUAUUAUAUGAUUGAGGUAUUGUUAUUGCCUUCCAGUCAUUGUCCUCAGCUUCAGCAUUCAAAAACCAAUAUAUAUUCCAGUGGAUACACAUCCUGCCAGAAACAAAACCACAAAUUAUGACAAAGCCCUCAACUCUGUCUUGAAUUAUUGUAGAUUUAUUUCCCUUUUAUGACUGAAAAUGAAACAAGACAGACAAGCAUUUGCCCCUUUGUUCUUUUUAAUUGUUGUUAUUAACAUUACCAUGAUUUUAAUUAUUUUAUUUUUGUUAUGCUGCUAAUAGUUUAUAUAUGAUUGUUUUGCAUGUUUUUAUUUGAACAUAUUUUAUAUUGAAUAAAAAUAAGAAAACAAAAUAAUGAUCUUCAUCAAGUUUCUUUUGUAUGUCAAUGAAACUAUACUAAUGGCCAAAAGUCAUGUCCGGUAUGGGUUUCAUUUGUGCCUUGCAAAUCCUCAAUGCCAAUUUUCAACACAUUACUGUACCGGCAGUACUGGCUCAAACUCCAAAAUUCUAUUUUCAUUGAAUGCAUUUAAUUUUAAUUAAGGUCCUCUCCAUCGAUACCAAAUUUAUGAGUGUGCGAUAUAAAACAAAACAGAUAUUGUAGUUUUUGUAGACCGGACAAGACUUUUGGAGAUUGUAGUUUUUGUAGACCGGACAAGACUUUUGGAUAUUGUAGUUUUUGUAGACCGGACAAGACUUUUGACCAUUCGUAUGCAUUGUAGUUUCAACAUAAAUGUACCUUUUAUCUCUGUGCACAUUGUUCUAGAUAUACUGCACAUUAUUGGAAACAAACUGAUAUUAUAGAUGAACUUGAAGAGUGUGUGCAAUUAGCCAAGAAAACAACGUUAAGAGAAUUUGUUUUCAUUCUUACCUUGUCAGGUGAUUGAAUAAAUGGUGUUGUCUUUGUUAUUAGCUGGGGUUUAUGUUUGCAAAGUGCCAAAUAGUUCGACAUUGACCAUGAUUUUAAAAAUUAAAAAAAUGUUAUAUACUUUAAACACAUGAUACACAACAAUAAAUACUUUAAUUAUAGUAGAGUUAUGCCCCUUUUAAUUUUGUAAAAAGAAAUGGCCAGCAUCAGCA